AUGAAAAUGAAUGCAGAAGAAAUUGAGAGCAAACGAGAUAGCAAAAUUUGCUCUGUGUGCGGGGACCAGGCUCUGGGUUAUAAUUUCAAUGCUAUUACUUGUGAGUCAUGUAAAGCAUUUUUUAGAAGAAAUGCUUUGAAAGAGAAGGAACUUCGUUGUCCAUUCAAGGAGUCGUGUCAAAUUACAUCGGUUACUAGAAGAUUUUGUCAAAGGUGUCGUCUUGAUAAAUGUUUUUUUGUCGGUAUGAAAAGGGAACUCAUAAUGAGCGAGGAGGAUAAAGAAAAGAAGAGAAGAAAAAAAUUGAGUAGAUUUCCUCAGCAAGAACAGCAAGUAUCAUCUACGGUGACUAAAGGAACUGUAGAUAUUUGUGUGCAAACUGAUUUUCCUCCAUGUUCUUGUUCCUGUGUUCUAUCAUCUCCGUCUCCCUCUAAUGUACAAAAUGAUGAGGUGAGAUGUACCCCUUUAUCAUCUGAUGAUAAAAUUCUCCUAAAUGACUUAGUAGCCGCAACGAAAGCCCUUGAAGCUCCUGUUGAUCAAGAAAUAAAUAAUUUGUAUGGUGACGAAUUUAAGAGUUGUGGUUCUGAAAGCCUUAUAGAUGUGAUUAAUCUUACUUCUAUAGCUAUAAGACGGCUUAUAAAAAUGUGUAAACGCUUAUGGGGAUUCAGAGCACUGCCACAGUGUGAUCAGUUGUCUCUACUAAAGCAGGGUUGUACCCAAAUGAUGUUACUCAGAAGUGUUGUUUCCUUUGAUCCCGAUAAAAAUACUUGGAAGAUUCCUCAUUCCGUUGAAGAACUUUCAAGGAUUAAGGUUGAAGUCUUGAAAGAAGCCAGAGGUAACCUUUACGAGGCACAUGAGGCUUGGCUUAGAGGUUUUGAUCCCCGAGCGGCUCGUGACCUUCGGGUGAUAUGCCUCCUUACAGCGGUGGCUCUUUUUGACCCUACUAGAACUCAUCUCACAUGCAGAGAGUUGAUUAGUGCUACUCAGGAAAGAUACUAUGAGGUUCUAAGAAGAUACUUGGAAAGCUUGUACAGGCUAAGUGAAGCACACGAAAUUUAUGCAAAUUUAAUAGAAAAAGUUCGUGAACUGAGGCGUUUAAAUGAAGAACAUGUUAGAGUUUUUCUAAAUGUUGAUCCAUCCCAUGUUGAACCUUUGUUAAUAGAAAUAUUUGAUUUAAAGAAAACUUAG